AUGGCUAAACAUUUCUCAGUGGAAUGGCUUUCUCAAAGCUUUUAUUCACCAGUUACUUGCUCUUACACCUCGGAUGACAGAAUUCAGAGCAAAAUCAACAAAGAUGCCUCCUGCAGUUGUGGCUACACGUCAAGCUCUGAGAGCGAGGUUGGAGACAUUGGUGAAGGCGAAUCUGGUGCCAAUCGAAGGAUGAGAACCAAGUUUACCUCUGACCAGAUAUUCCGACUGGAGAAGACAUUCAGCAAACACAAAUACCUCGGUGCGACCCAAAGACGGAAAAUCGCAGAGAAACUGCAACUCUCUGAAACUCAGGUGAAAACGUGGUUCCAGAACAGACGGAUGAAACUCAAGCGUGAUGUUCAGGACAUGCGCGCAGACUACCUCGCUCCAAGCAAACCGACCUAG